GUCGGUCAUAUUAAGUAGUUUUCCAGUGUCAUACCCCACCAUCAUUGACCCCUUUUACAUUAAAUUCUUUAAUCAGUUGGACGGUGAAUAUCAAUGUCCAACGACCGCGUUUAAUCUAUCCGGCGUGUUCUGCAUUGCCGGCAGUACCCAUCUUACCUAAUCAACUCCACUCAACCAAUUUUUACCUGCAGGCUAUGAGCUUGUUUUACUCUAAAAAGUGUGUUCUGUUUUCUUCCAUUAUAAAAAGCAUUUCAAACCUACUUAAUAGUAAUUCAUUGAACCAACUUAAAAAAUGCAUUUCAAAGUCCAAACCUACUUAAUAAUUCAUUGGAAUCUUAAAUUCUUAAUGUUCGCAUCAUAAACCUAACGAUGUCAAAAUAUUUGCAUAUUAAAUAUUCUAAAUCUACCUUCUAAACAUUAAAAUUUAAACAUACACUUUCAACAACAAAAAGCAAAACCUACAAACUGAUCACCAAUACACGUACUGAACACUGUUCCUCAGUCAUAUUCGCAUGACUUACCGGCCGGUCAGGACAAACUUUGCAAUUAGCUGUUAGGUGGUGACAAAUAGAGACACAACACCUUGAGGUUCUGCAACUUUUUUCACGUAUAUUAACGCCAGGACCAUCAAACUGGCAAAAAAAAAACCUCCUCUUGUUAGAUGCACACAAAAUGAUGGAGCUGUCCAUAUUCCUCAACUAAAAAAAUAAUAAUACUGCACUUCUACGCAUGACAAAAGUCCACACCUUCUCAUAUAACGAGGAAUAUCAGAUACAGAGAGAGUGAGGGGAGACAAAAUGAAACCGCCCAUCUACUCUUCUUCUUCUUUGUUAAUUAGAAAAAGUGUUAAUGGGAAUGGAAGCUUUAGUAAAACUAGAGGUCUUUCACCAUAUCUAUCUUUUGGGUUAUUAGGAUUUAUAUUCUUUGCUGUUGUCUUCAUUUACGGUCAAGAUUUUCGCUCCAUCUUUACACUACAACACGAUGCAACUGUUACAUCCAAUUUUCGACAUAUUCAUGAUCAUCAGCCUCAGCCUGAAUAUCAUCAACAACAAUCAGAAAAUUCACCACCACCAUCUGUAAUUCAAACAGAAAAGGAAGAAGACGACACUAACAGACUCGAAAGCGGAGUGCCGGCGAUCGAAACCAAGGUGCUGUUGACUAGUACGGAGAUUAAGGAUGGUGAUGACAAUGAUGAUCAUAUAGCAGUAGAUGUAGGAGAGUGCGAUAUAUUUAGUGGGAAAUGGUUAUGGGAUGAAUCGAAUCGACCUCUUUAUGAAGAAUCGGAAUGUCCAUACAUACAACCACAACUAACUUGUCAAGAACAUGGCAGGCCUGAAAAAGAUUACCAGUUUUGGAGAUGGCAACCCCAUGGUUGUUCCCUUCCAAGUUUCAAUGCAAGUCUAAUGUUGGAGAAGCUUAGAGGAAAGAAGAUGAUGUUUGUCGGAGACUCUCUGAAUCGGGGUCAGUACGUUUCUUUCGUAUGUCUCAUUCACAGAUUGAUCCCUGACCAUGCCAAAUCCAUGACAACCGUCGACUCCCUCACCGUCUUUAGAGCCGAGGAAUACAAUGCAACAAUUGAAUUCUACUGGGCACCAUUUCUUCUUGAAUCGAACUCGGAUAAUGCAGUCAUCCAUAGGGUGACAGAUAGAAUCGUGCGCAAAGGAUCGAUUAAUAAACAUGGUAAAUAUUGGAAAGGGUCGGAUAUUUUGGUGUUCAAUACAUAUCUAUGGUGGAUAGCAGGCUCAAAGUUUAAAAUACUUACGCGUGGGUCUUUCAAUGAUGAGAAGAAAGAAGUAGUUGAGAUGGAAACGGAAGAUGUGUAUCGAAUGGCAAUGAAGAGUAUGUUGAAAUGGGCUGAGAAGAAUACGGAUCUUAAGAAAACAAAGAUAUUCUUUACAAGCAUGUCACCUACUCAUGGCAGGAGUAUUGAUUGGGGAGGUGACAAAGAUGGAAGCUGUUUCAACCAGACGACUCCAAUUGAAGAUCCAUCGUACUGGGGAAAUGGAUCGCGUAAGAGCAUAAUGAGAGUAAUCGGAGAUGUAUUUAGUAAAACUAAGGUACCCAUUACACUUCUAAACAUCACCCAAUUGUCAGAGUAUAGAAAAGAUGCACAUACAUCAAUUUACAAGAAGCAAUGGAGUCCAUUAACACCGGAGCAAUUAGCAAACCCUGUAAGUUACGCCGACUGUACACAUUGGUGUUUGCCUGGAUUACAAGAUACCUGGAAUGAGCUUUUAUAUGCCAAGCUCCUCCAUCCUUAGUUAGACCAGUCAUGGCUAUAUGUACCUACAUCACGAGUUCCACACGUUUUUUUUUGCACCUUUGAUAGGAGGAAUUUGCAGAGUUAGCUACCAUUUCAGGCUAAUAAUUCAAGCAUUUGUAUCAAAAAAAGAGAAUUCAUACAGUUGUCAUUUAUAAGAACUGGUUAAGAUUUUUUUGGACCUUCUGGUA